AUGGCCUUUACCGCUUCCGACAUCUGCAAGAUCAUCCUUGCCAUCAUCCUCCCACCAAUCGGUGUCUUCCUCGAGAGAGGUUGCGGUGCUGAUCUCUUGAUCAAUAUCUGUUUGACCAUCCUCGGAUACAUCCCGGGUAUCAUCCAUGCACUGCAGCUCCAUUCCACCAUCGAACACGACAACAACAACGAAGGAGAAGAAGAUUAG